UUUGUGGAAGUAAAUACAUUUACUUGUAUUCGUUUACAGCGCAGCCUUGACACAUCCAAUGGGGUCGCGACGUUGACAUACGACUCAGCGCUCAAUGCGGCGUCUAGCUAUGUCUAUGGUCACGUGCACAUAAUUGACAAUUGCACAAAAUAUGAAGAAGAAAAGGAUAUGAUUAAGGGGGUGUUUUGGUCAAAGGGACUUGUCAAAUAGGACACAGAAACGACAAAAAUAAUCAGAACGUGUAAUUUAAAAACCCGGACUAUGGUUGGAGAAUGUAAGGGCGUAGAAGCAGCGGAGGGGGCGGCAAUUCACCAUGAAUGGUAGCAACCUCGUCAAAACACAAAAAGAAGAAGAAGGUUGUCACCUGACGUCACAACGCUUCCCAUGUUGCUCUGUAUCCGAAAUGUGAUGCGUAGUACGAUGAAGUGAGAAUGACUUAAAAGCCCUCGCUUCUGAUUCAGGUGACAUAAUUUCGUUCUAACUUACGCGUUUUGUUGCCAAACGUGAGUGGAAUAGUGUGACAAGUAGUGUGGGAGUCACGCGGCAGCAUGGCUACACUCGCGUGUAGCUAACGAGCUAAUAACAAGCAGACUGACAACUCGCUCCAUCAACAUUUUAUGGAAUUUUUAUUACCAGUAAGUUUUUGUGAUAUUAUUUUUCGCAGAUGUGGAGCAGAAUAUUGAGACCUAGUGUGACCGGUAGGACGCGUGUCUUGUGGAAGAGCCUCUUUACGAUGCAGCUAAAGACAAGUGAGUUCCAGGUGUUGUUCACCGAUGGACUCAACGAACUUGCAGAAAUCUUUAAGAAGCACGAGUAUGAGCUGAGAAUAGCUGGAGGUGCAGUACGGGACCUGUUGUCUGGAAAGCAACCUGAGGAUGUGGAUUUUGCCACCACAGCCACCCCUGAGGAGAUGAAGCACAUGUUCCAGGCUGCAGGGAUCAGGAUGAUAAACAAUAAAGGAGAGAGGCAUGGAACUAUUACAGCUAGACUUCACAACGAAAACUUUGAAGUGACGACGUUGCGGGUGGAUGUUCAGACAGACGGUCGUCACGCUGAAGUGGAGUUUACCACCGACUGGCAGAAAGAUUCCGAGAGAAGAGACCUCACCAUCAACUCAAUGUUUUUAGGUCUUGACGGCACAUUAUAUGACUAUUUCAAAGGAUACGACGACCUACAGAACCGAAAGGUUCGGUUUGUUGGCAGUGCAGAACAACGGAUGCAAGAAGACUAUUUGAGAAUACUGCGUUAUUUUAGGUUCUAUGGAAAGGUGGCUCUGAAAGCCGACGAGCACGAGCCUGAGACACUGGAGGCCAUUCGAGCAAAUGGCAGCGGGCUUGCAGGGAUAUCGGGAGAAAGAAUUUGGGUCGAGCUGAAAAAGAUUGUGGUUGGCAACCAUGCUGCUCAGCUGCUGGAGAUGAUGUACAGCUUGGGGCUGGCACGUUACAUUGGUUUACCUCCUGAUGGCAACGUCGAGGAGAUGAAGCGCGUUUGGCAGAAUGCCAAAGGCCGCUCUCCCAAACCCAUGACCAUCCUUGCAGCUCUCUGCUGCUGCCCGGAGGAGGUGGACAGGAUGGACAUCCGACUGAAGGUCUCCAAGGAGGAGAAGACACUGGCUCAGUUCCUGGUCCGAUACAGACGAGAACUUUGCAAGAAUGAUGAUGAGCCAGACAGUCUCAAACCCUUCACUGACUUCAUCAUAGACAGUCGGGAGCUGGAUACUCAGAGUAAAUUGUGUGAGCUGCUGAAGUAUCAAGGUGAGUACAAGCUGCUGUCUGAGCUCAGCAGGUGGGCCAUCCCUCGCUUCCCCAUCAGCGGACACGAUCUCAGGAAAAUGGGCCUCCUCUCAGGCAAGGAGAUAGGCGCCACUUUACAGAAGCUCCGCGACAUCUGGAAGAAAAGUCAUUAUCAGAUGGACAAAGACGAACUCCUCAGUUAUGUUAAGUCCUAAUGGGCUGCUGCACUUGUCAGAACCAGUGUGUGUGUGUGUGUGUGUGUGUGUGUGUGUGUGUGUGUGUGUGUGUGUGCACGUGUGACCAAGAAUAGGAGCCACAGCUUUGUUAAAUCAAGCUUGUAAUAGCGCUGCUCGCGCUUGUAUCGAUGGAAUUGACUCGUGUAUAAUGCCAACCAUCAUUGACAGAGACAUGCACGCCCGCUGAUGAAUGCAAUUUCAUUUUAAUUUCAUAAAUUGCACCACGGUGUCAGUGUUGUACAUCGCAUGUGGCCAUGAAAAGGCGGAAAAUGCACUAAAUUCACAGUCGGACAUAAAAAUAUC